AUUUUCAUUCAGCAGUACAUUGACGCCCCUCAACACUUGAUCUAAUUUUUGUUAAUUGAAAACACUUUACUGCCAUCCCACAGCUGUGGCAAGAAUGAAAAAUCGUCUUUAAUAUUAAAGUUAUCAUAUUGGAUACACUAACAAUGAAGGUUUAUACGUUCCAUUAGAAAGUGACCUAAACAAGUACUGAAAAAAACGAGAUCCAUAUUUAGUUAUGUUUUAAGAUCACCAUUAGUUAAAAGAUGACAUCUGAAUGUUGCUUGACCGAAUCUAUAUUCAAAUCUGCAUUGGAUGAACUUAAACCUGACUCGUUGAUGUCGGAUGUAUUACAUGUAGCUGAGGACUGUUUAAUUCUGCCCAACUUCAACCUCCAAUACGACCUAAAGAGAGGAUGCAGAAUAGUUGGUUUUGGCAAGGGACACCAAAUCUAUAAUUUAAAACCUUUUCUAGGGGCUGUUCUGUGUAUGGCAGGAUAUCUUGUAGAAGAGCUGACCGGAAGAAUUAAGGGGGGUGUUCUCAGUGUUCCUCUCGGGAUUUCCGCAACAGAAGGUUCGGUUAUUGAAGCGUGUAGGCUGAAUAAUAUCAAUGUGGUUGAAGGAGCUGAGAACAACCUUCCUGAUAAACACAGUUUACUGGCUUGUCAACAAAUCUUGAAAUGUCUCGAACCCUGUACUGAGGAAGAUCUGGUUAUUGUUCUAAUCUCAGGCGGAGGCUCCGCCCUGCUCCCCUACCCAGUGCCUGGACUCACCUUGAGUCAGAAGCAAGAGGUCAUUCUUCGCCUUACUCACGCUGGGGCAGAUAUUGAAGAGUUGAAUGCGGUUCGGUCACAGUUAUCUCUGGUUAAGGGCGGAGGAUUGGCCAAUUACAUGUAUCCGGCACAGGUUCUGACGCUAAUUCUCUCUGAUGUUAUCGGAGAUCCUCUAAAUGUUAUUGCUAGUGGACCCACCGUACAUCAUUCAAACUUGGUCAGCGCAACAGCAGUCUUGGAGAAAUACAAUCUAUUAAACUUGGUCCCAGACGAGGCUCUCAGAUCUAAGGUUGAGGUUGACCAGAGUAAAUUUGAAAGAAUCCAGAAUGUUCUGAUCGGAAACAACAGUGUUGCUUUAGAGAAAAUGAAUCAACGGGCUUUAAAGGACGGAUGUGAAACAGUUGUUCUCUCUAGUUCAACAUCUGGAGAAUCUUGCGAGGUUGGAAAACUCUGGUCUCUGCUCGCUACUAGUUUAACGGAUGCGACCCUGUUAGAAAACUCUUCUUUGUUAUCAGGACUGAAGUAUGAAAGUACAGAUGUGUUGAUGAGAAUCCAGGAUAAAUUAUACUCAGGGUCCAGGGUUAUAGUAAUGGGCGGAGGCGAGACAACUGUGAAAAUCAGGGGCGAAGGAAAAGGCGGACGUAAUCAAGAGAUGGUUUUGGCAUUUGGAAUAUCUGCUGCUGCUUUAUUCUCACACAAGUCAAGUGUUGAUGUUGAGUUUCUCUCCUGUGGAACGGAUGGUAUUGACGGACCUACUGAUGCUGCUGGAGCUUGUGUUACAAGGUCAAUGAAGAAUUCUUUGUUUCCCAGAUAUAUUUGGGAUCUUGUAGAAAGUUCAGGGCUGAACCCUGAGUUGUAUCUGGAGAAUAAUGACAGCUAUAGUUUCUGGACAAAGGUUGGAGGAGGUCUUGUCAAAACAGGACACUCAGGAACAAACCUAAUGGAUGUUCAAAUACUAAGCAUACAGAAAAAGAUAAUAUGAUAUUCAUAAUAACCAUUGUUUUCCAAACGAUGUGUUUGAAUUGGGCCUGUCUGCUUAGUUUAACCCUGUGAUAUUUGAUACUUGAAACUUUUUAUUUUCUACUGAAACAAUGUGAAAAAUAUAUAUUUUCAGAAAAAUGCGCAGUUGUUGAUGUAGAAUACUGAGUACUUUUAUACACCAGUGAGACGUAUCUUAGAUCAUGAGCUUUUUUGGAAUUAAUUUCGGCGGCGGAGCCGAGAUAGAUAUAAUCCUUGAUGAUGCAGAUUCUAGAAAGAUGGCUGAAGUGAAAGAUGAGAAAGGAA